AUGAGGAUGUAUAAGCAGAACAGCAUGUCUGAAUUCUUCCUCACCACGGUGCUGGGGAACCUGCUCACCAUCCUACUCAUCAGGCUGGACUCUCGCCUUCACACCCCCAUGUACAUCUUCCUCAGCCAUUUCGCCUUCACUGACAUCCCUUUUUCAACGGUCAUAGCCCCAAAGAUGCUUAUGAACAUGCAAACACAGAGUCAAUCCAUCUCAUAUGCUGGAUGCAUUUAUCAGGUGUAUUUUUUCUUAUUUUUCGGUGAUAUUGACAGCUUCCUUCUCACCUCAAUGGCCUAUGACAGGUACGUAGCCAUUUGUCACCCCCUCCACUAUACCACUAUCAUGAGUCAGAGCGUGUGUCUCCUGCUAAUAAUUGUGUCCUGGGUCUUAUCCUUUACCACUGCUCUAUUGCACACCCUGCUGCUGGUCUGUCUCUCUUUCUGUGGAGACAACAGUGUCCCCUACUUCUUUUGUAACUUCUCUGCCUUACUUGAACUGUCCAGCUCAGACACCUCAACCAAUGAGCAGGUUAUCCUCACUGUGAGGGUGGUGAUUAUUACCCUUCCAUUAUAUGCAUCUUAUGGCCGCAUUGGCGCCAUCAUCCUGAGAGUCCCCUCAACCAAGGGAAUCUACAAAGCCUUGUCCACCUGUGGCUCCCACCUUUCUGUAGUGUCUCUACACUAUGGGACAAUUAUUGCAUUGUACUUUUUGCCCUCUUCCAGUAACUCCAAUGACAAGGAUGUUAUUGUGGCUAUAUUAUACACUUUGGUUACUCCCAUGCUAAAUCCCUUUAUCUAUAGUCUGAGGAUAAGGAACAUGAAAGGAGCUCUGGGAGAUAUACUCAAUAGAAGAACAGUUUUACCAUAG